AUGGAGGACAAAGAACUCUGGUUCAUGAAGACAUGCCCUGACUCCCCUCCACACGGCUUCUACGACGGGCCUGCGUGGCAACAGACGAGGAAAAACGACGACGAGCUCCUCCUCCCCCUCGACGAUGAUGACCAAGUAAAAGCGCACCUCGAAGCCCAACGGCGCCUCGUUGAUGACGACGUCCCUGAUCUUCUCGGUCGGGAUGAAGCGAUUCUUGGGGCCCCCGAACGUCGGAAGAAUAAAGCCGUCGCCCUGGGAGAUGGUCUGGACGCCGAGGCCCCGCAGGACCAGCAGCGUCUCGGACCUGUAGAUGCGCAGCUGGGAGACGUGCAGCAGCGCCAGGCAAAGCGGGGCGAGGAGGUAGGCAGGGCUGGCCGCCGACAGCGACGCAAAGACGCGGCCGGGCGGCGAGGCGAGGCUCAGCUGGAGCAGGUGCACGGCGAGCUCCAAGAAGCCUUCUGGGGACAGCAGCGGCGACGACGCUCCAGGCGGUACGUUGUCGUGAUGAUGUGA